CCAACAUAUGUAUCGUGGUAUUUUUGUGAUUCAUUUCAAAUUAUUUUGGUAAAUAAACCAAGUGAACACUUCCUUUAUUUCAAUAAAUUAAAAUUCUAAAUAGAAUGAGGAAAACAAAAUUUGAAGUGCACAUACGAACUACGAAAAUAAACAGCACGAGUUAGCAAUUUUCGAUUUGGCGCCAAAUUGAGAAAGUGAAAGUAACUUGAUGUGUAUGACGAACUUGUUGAAUGUUGUAUGUUGACUUCUGUGGCAAUUAAGAAUCACUGACCAUGCUGCUCAACAUGAAGUGACAUCAUGUUCACAGCUUUUUCAAAGUUACUAAGCUUUUUCUUGAAUGAAGAGGAAGACACUGAAGAGGCUGAUGUGGACUCAGAAAAAUCUCAGCAGGAAAGAGAUCUGGAAAGCUCAGAUGAAGAUGAUGAAGAAGGUUUAACAAAGAACUCUAAUGGCAAGGUCACCCAUAUUUACAAUGACUACGGACUCAUUGAUGGUGAGAUCUUUUUCUCUUUUCAAACCGUCUUGUCUGAAAAACGACUGACUGUGGGUGAAGAAAUAAGCUAUGUCGCAACACGAGAGAACAUCAAAUCUGGAUGGAGGGCCACUCAUGUUUCAGUGGCAACCAACUGGGAGAUGGAAGAGGAUGGUCUCAAAGAUAAAUCCUUGGUUGGAAUCGUCGAGAAAUUCAACGGAGAAUUCGGCACCAUUAAUGGUCAGAUUCAGUUUAGUCUCUCGAACGUGAGUCUGGAGGAUUACGUUCCGCAUGUCGGAGACUACGUCACGCUGGAGGUUAGGCGAGUCAGUGGUUUGCUGGAAGGGAGCAGUGUCAAGCCCCUGAGGAUCUUCCAGAAAGAGGGACAGAUAUUGGCUGUGCAACAGGAUCAUGGGUAUAUCGACGGGGACACGUUUUUCAUGAUGACCGCCUGCCGUGAGUCGUAUCGACCCAGGAAAUGGGACCGAGUUCAGACCGUGGUCAUUGAGAGCACUCAGGGAAAAUGCAGCUGGAGGGCCAUCUCCAUAUCACCUGUGAUUGUCGAUCCUUCUCUAAGUGUUUCCGCCUUUUCUGGUCCCCUUAAAUCAAAAUUCUUGGAUGAUCUUCAGAAAAACAAGAAUGGCAUUCAUGUAUCCACGGAGACAGAUUUUGGAAAGGUUGAGUUAGGGGGUAGGAAAAAGCUGACAGUGUGGAUACAGAACAAAGGGGAGACAAAUCAAGUAUUCCUCAGAGCCCACCUUCCAGCGGAGUGUACACAAAUCAAGGUGCAAGGUGUUAAAUACUUAAAUGAACAUGCGGCCAUGAUGAAGAAGGGGAAUGUGGAGGUCAUCAAGGGAAAGAUAACUCUGUAUCCAGCGAUGUCACUGUACAUUAAUCUCUCAGUGGAGGCAAGUUUUCCAGGUUUAGACAAACAGCUUCUAGUUGUGACGUUUGAAAAUUUCCAGAUUGGACGUUACAUCACUGCAGAAAUCACUGACCCAUAUCAUUCCAUGGUAACCAUUGGACCGGCCUAUAGAAGAGGAGAGAAGAUGUCCUCAUUCACCAAGUACAGAGCCUCUGCAGCUUCAGGUCAAAACUGGGUCGUUCCAGGUGAACGACCUCAAAGGAAUGGCCGGACCCAUGUCUUAAAGUUGCCCAACCGCCUGCCCCAGUACCCUGUGCCCCAGUUGCUGAGGGAAUGUAUUCUGAAUGGAGACCCACUACUGGAAAUCUGUCCAGAGCUAACACAGGAGCUUACUCCAGAGAACUAUGUGAAAAGGAUGAAGACGCUUCUACACUUGGAGGAGAUCCAGAUGGACAUUGACAUCAGAGAAUUUGACCUGAGCAGGGUUACUAUGAGACCUGUAGGAGAGUUCUUGGGGCUAGGAGUUCCAGGUUUGGCUGAAGGGCGACCUUCUGUGUUGCUAGGAGACAAGGUCAUGCUCUCUGACCCCUGUGACCCACAAGGUCCUGUGUAUGAAGGAUAUGUACAUGAGGUUUUGAGUGAGGAAGUUCUUCUCAAGUUUAAUAACGACUUUCACUUGCAGUACAAUGGAAAGGAUUAUGACGCACAAUUUACCUUUAACAGAUCUUCAGUCAGAAGGUGUCACCAAGCGGUGCAGUUUGCUGGAAAUUUGGAGGAAAAUGUUUUAUUCCCCUCCCUUGUCUCCCCAAAACCUUCGCAACUACAGAGGACCCCCAGCAGUAGAUCACUGACCAACCCUGGGGUCACAAAUGGACAGUGCAUGGGAGAUGGAGCCUUGCACUUCUUCAACUCCAAACUCAACACGAGGCAGAAGGAGGCUGUGACCCGGAUCUUACAUGGACAGUCCCGGCCGGUACCCUAUGUACUGUUUGGUCCACCAGGUACAGGUAAAACUAUGACGGUGGUGGAGUCCAUUCUACAGGUGCUGACCAAGAUCUCACACAGCAGGGUACUGGCCUGUACCCCCUCCAACAGUGCCGCCGACCUCAUUGCCGAGCGGUUACACAUGAGUGGUGCUGUGAGGACAUGUGACAUGAUACGGCUCAACGCAUCUCAGCGAAGUCAGGAGGGUAUUCCUGAAACCAUCAUGCCAUACUGUACGACGGGAGAAGAUCUGGACAUGGCGUCUCAUUAUCGUGUGGUCGUUAGUACCUGUAUCUCUGCCGGAACGCUGUACAUGUGUGGAAUCAAAGCAGGACACUUCACACAUGUUUUUGUUGAUGAGGCUGGCCAAGCCACAGAGCCAGAAUGCUUGAUUGCUGUGAAUAUGGCAGCAGGAGAAAACUGUCAGGUCAUUUUGGCUGGUGACCCCAUGCAGUUAGGUCCAGUCAUAAGGUCAAAGUUGGCCAAAGGUCAUAACUUUGACCUUUCUCUGUUGGAAAGGUUAGUAGACAUGCCUAUCUAUGCAAGAGAUGAGGACAAGUUUGUUAACCAUGGAGCUUAUAAUCCACUUCUGGUGACCAAGCUAGUGGACAACUACAGAUCCCACCCGGCCAUACUGACCUUGACCUCCAAGCUGUUUUACUAUGAUGAGCUGAAGGAGAAGGCGGACAGAGCGCUGACCCAUUCCCUGUGUCAGUGGACAGGCCUGCCAAGAGCGGGUUUCCCUGUCAUAUUCUAUGGAGUCAGGGGGGACGAUCUGAGGGAAGGAAACAGUCCGUCCUGGUUUAACCCUGCAGAGGUUGUGCAGGUCGUGAGGUACCUCCAAGGGGUACAGACAGAACAGUCAGUAGCUCCAGACGACAUAGGAAUUAUUACUCCGUACAGGAAACAGGUGGAGAAGAUCCGCCUUCUUAUUGACAAACUUGGAAUGGAGAGGGUCAAGGUCGGGUCCGUAGAAGAAUUUCAAGGUCAGCAGAGGAAGGUCAUCAUCAUAUCAACGGUUCGAGCCAAUGAGAGAAUGAUUGGAUUCGACAAGAAACAUACCCUUGGCUUCCUCAGCAACCCAAAGAGGUUCAAUGUCGCCAUCAGCAGGGCUCAGGCCCUCCUGGUCAUUGUGGGCAACCCAUACGUCCUUGCUCAGGAUAAAUACUGGCAGGUGCUGAUCCAGUACUGUAUUGAGAACGGUGGAUAUUGUGGGUGUGACAUACCAGAACUCUACCCACAGGAUGUGUCAACCAAUCAAAUGCAAGACACUUGAAAACGUGAAUAUUGUUGGUGUGGCAUACAUACAUACCAGACCUCCACGCAGGAUGUGUUGAUCAAUCGAAUGCAAGACGCUUAAAACUGUGGUUAUAAAAUGAAAAUUUAAUUGUUGAUUUCAUGUUUGGAUUGAAUAUAUAUAUAUUAGAAAAUGUGCGCUUGAUUUGUUAUCGAUUUUUUCUGUGAUUUUCUUGUUUUUCUGAACAGUUGUCCAGAGACUAACAGUGUGAUCGUUUUAUGACCUAACAUUUAAGACGAUCAUGAUUCAAUGUACCUAGUCAUCAGAUUUCAUUGACUAGUUAUUUGAACAUAUUUUAUUGUAUGAAUUACAUUUACUUGUAUUUCAUAGGAUUCAUCUUGUUUUGAUAUCAGCAAGGCAUGUUUUCUUCUACUCAUAUUUCAUGCUUUGAUCCUUACGAAGUUGUCUUCAUUCAUUGAAAUUUUUUGAAUCUCAGCAAGGUAUGCUUCAUUCUCAUGCUCAUAUUUCAUGAUUCAUGCUAAAGUUGACUUAAAUUAGCUAGAGCAUACACAGAAUUACUCUGUAGCUGUUAUUGACUGUACAGCUUUAUCCCAAAGAAAAUGGUGCUGUCGCAACCUACAUGUAGCAUUAUGCACAGAUGAUGAAUAUGAAUUUACAUGGAUGUACAUGUACGAAUGUAUAGAUAUAUGUAAUGUAUUACAUAUUGUUAUAAUGUUGCACAAUUCAACCCUGAUGCAUUCAAUUUGACAAAAUCAUUAUAAAAUCUAUGCAACAA